AUGAAGGCCACAGGCGAUGUGGCCACUGCACCUGAUGGCAGCUCAGCCAAGGAAGGCGUCCGGUCAGACGAGGAAGCCUCCACAAUUUCAAUGAGCGUGGCCGGAGUUGAGGUUUCGACCCUCUCGACUGGUUGCACCCCCGAGGCAGCAAAACGCGGAGAUGGCUCCGGUCGACACCUCUUGCGCCUGGUCAAAGGUACGUCGAAGGAGGGCUACCCCGAAGGUUCUUCAACAGGGAUUGCAGGUCGUCGCUCCAUCUGGAGCUAUGAGCUCGGAGCAUCUCCUCCGCUCGACGUAUGGUUGGCCGCACGUUCGCCUACUUCUGUGGGCAUCUCCCCGCUUAGCCCGAGAGAACCAGCGUCUACUAAAAGACCAAGACUUGGAAAUGAGACUCUUGAUGAACCACUUCCGAGUAACAAUUUGCAAUAUGUUUCUGAUCCUGAAAUUCGCAUCCCAAUUUUACAACAUCCCAUUGAACUUCAAGAUGAGGUGUCCAUAGAAAGUGUGAAGUUUCUUGCAAUGCAAGGUUGUGCUUUUAGGGUUCAUGAUGAAUCAGUUGUCUCUAAAAAUCGUGGAAAUUAUCUAGAAUUGGUAACUUUGUUGGGAAGAAUGAAUCCAGAAAUUGGUAGUACUUUAGAAAAAGCAUCUAAAAAUGCAAAGUACACAUCACCAAAAAUUCAAAGAGAAAUUUUGAAAACUAUUGCUGAUAUUGUGAGGGAUAAAAUUCGUGCAGAAAUUGGAGAAGCCAAGUUUUGUAUCCUCAUUGAUGAAGCAAUUGAUGAGUCAAUUGCAGUUUCUAAAAAGGUGCAUGAUGUGUGGCGCUUCUUUUCAACAUUAACUUUGGCUAUUAAUUUUGUUGGUUCAUCUGCUAAACGUCAUUUUCAAUUGAAAUCUAUCCGAAAAGCUGAAAUUAAUGAUUUGAUAAAAUUGGGAGAAAUUGACACUGGUACUGAAUCUAAUCAAGAUUGUUCUUUGGUACGAGCUGGAGCUACUCGUUGGAGUUCACAUUUCAACUAUGUUAAGAGAUUCAUUGGUUUGUUUGGUUCAGUGAGUAUACUUCUUCAAGAUCUUGUCAACAAAGGUCUCAAUAGUAACAUUCGAGGAGAGGCUAAAGAUAAGUUGUGUCAGACAUUACAGAAGAAUGACAUAGAUAUUUUGAAUGCUAUGAAUUUGGUUUCUACUACUAGAUUAAAUCUUCAACAGAUCCGAGAUGAUAGAUGGGAAGGAUUUCUUUGGAGUCUGUUGAAGUUUUAUGAAAGCAAUGAUGUUGAGGUGCCAAACUUUGAUGAUUGCUAUACACGAGUAAUCGAUUUUCAGUUGAUGGAAUUGAAUGAGAGAUUUCCAGAGGGCACAAUAGAACUUCUUACUCUCAGUAAUGUUUUGAGUUCCGUUGAUGGAUUCAAAUCAUUUUCUUUUUACUACUAUGAUUUCAAUCUAGAAGAAAGAGGAGAUUUGGAGAGAGAAUUAGAUCAUUAUAAAUUUGAUGUACCGCGUCAUGCGCAGUUUCAGAAUCUUAAUUCUUUGCAUCAUUUGUGUCAAACAGUGGCCAGAACGACAUAG